AUGUGCAUCACAUUGUUUAAAACAGGCAACCAUGUUGUGCAGAAGUGUAUAGAAUGUGUGGACCCAAUGGCCUUACAAUUCAUCAUCAAUGCCUUCCAGGGGCAAGUUUUUACCCUGUCAACACAUCCUUAUGGCUGCCGUGUAAUACAGCGCAUUUUGGAGCACUGCACUGGUGACCAGACAUCUCCAGUACUAGAGGAACUACAUCAACACACGGAACAGCUGUUACAAGAUCAGUAUGGUAAUUACGUCAUCCAGCAUGUGCUAGGUAAGUUGUGGGUUCUCUGUGAUGAAGAUGUGUAACAAGAUGCAUAUACA